ACGAGAUGUACAUGGAGGAGCUAAAUGAUUCAAGAAUCUCCACAAGGGAUAGUUCUGCUCUUAUAAGAAUUUUGCUUGAAUUUUCAAUCGGUAACUCAUCAUUUUUUGAGAAAUACAAGCCAAAUUUUCUCGAGCUAUAUGUCAAAGCAGUUUUGAAUGCGAAAGAAAGGCCAUCUCGACUGCUUGCUGAAUCUUUUCAACCUCUUUUCAUGCAUAUAGAACACGAAGAUUUUCAAAUCCUCGUGGUUCCGUCAUCAAUCAAGAUGUUGAAACGAAAUCCAGAGAUUGUUAUGGAAUCAAUUGCAGAUCUUUUACGUCAUGUCAAUUUGGAUAUGAGUAAGUACGUGAUUGAAUUCCUCUCAGUAAUCCUUCCACAAGUUAGACAUGCUGAUGAUGAAAGGAGGACGAAAGCUUUGUCUAUUAUAGCUUCUUUGAGUCAAAGUUCCAGCGAUCCAGAUGUCCUACUCUCCAUGUUCAAUGCUGUUAAAGCUAUCAUUGAAGGUUCUGAGGGAAAACUAGCCCUGCCUUAUCAGAGAAUUGGAAUGAUAAAUGCUUUGGCAGAAAUGUCAAGGGCUCCUAGUGGGAAAGCACUCAAUAAGCUUGCUCCUAUGGUCUCAACCUUUCUUUUGUCCUGCUACAAGGGGGAUGGGAGUGAUGAGGUGAAGCUUGCAAUCUUAUCCUCCUUGGGUUCGUGGGCUUCUAGAUCCGCUGAAACUGUUCAGCCAAAUGUAAUAUCUUUUUUGAGUUCCGGCAUAAAGGAGAAAGAAAUUCUGAGGAAGGGGCAUCUUAAAUGUUUGCGAAUUAUCUGCAAGAAUUCUGACUCAUUAACAAAGGCUGUUCCAUUAUUGGACUUGCUUGUUCAGAUUGUUAAGCUUGGCUUCACAAAAGCAUCUCAGAGAUUGGAUGGAAUUUAUGCACUUUUUUCUGUUGCAAAAAUUGUUUCUAUAGAUACCAAAGGAGAGGAGAUUGUGCUCAAGGAGAAGCUUUGGCAUUUACUCGCGCAAAAUGAAUCGGCAUUAAUAUCAUUUUCACUGGUUCCGAAACUCUCUGAUGAAGAUUGUGUUACAUGUAUUGAUGUUCUUGAAGUGUUGCUUGUGGAACAUCAGUAUAGAUCCUUGGAGUUUUUAUCUGUCAAAUCAUUGUUUCAGCUCCUGCUUUAUUUUAUUUGCCAUCCAAGCUGGGAUGUCCGCAAAGUAGCUUAUGAUGCUACAAGAAAGAUUAUUUCCUCAUCCAUGAAAUUAGCGGAGGAGCUAUUACUUCAGUUUAGAAAUUGGUUUCCAGUAAUUAGUGAUAGAAUAUCAGUAAGUGAUACAGAAAGUCGACUUGAUUCACAUAUAACAAUUGCUCCCUCUGCUGAGGAGUUGGUGAAGUGCUUGCUACUGAUUGUGCCAGCAGCGAUGGCGAGUUCUUCAACAUAUUCUGUGCUUUUUUUUUGUGCACAUCAUCCUUCAUUAGCUGGGAUUUCUAUAAGUGGUGCAGUUUGGAAGCGGCUCCAAAGAAAUCUCCGAAGGCACAAUUCUGAUAUUAUUGAAAUCAUGACUGCAAAUGUGGGCUUAAUAUGCAAGGAUUUAUUGGGAUCCAAGGGAUUAAUGAGUUCUAAUUCCCUUGAGCAAAGUGCAGCCUUACAGUCACUGUCAACACUGAUGAGGAUAACACCCAACGAGACAUUUUCAGAGUUUUCAAAGCAUUUUGAUAUGCUUCUGGACAGUGGAGUUAAUGACACUUUAUCAGAAAAUGAUAUAAAGGUGAUAAAGCUUUUCAAUCUUUCCACAAAACUAAUCGUCAAUAACGUAAACCUUGUUUUUGAUUAA